AUGCAUGGCCUUUGUUUGCUAAGCCUCAGUUUCUACAUACAUUCGAAGGUUCAGAACCUGUUCAACUGCCGAUUCGGGAAAUGCUUCUUGAUCUCAAAUCAGAUCGAGGCUUCGUUUACGCAAGACGCGACGGCGCGACGCGGCACGGCACAGGCUGGCUAUGUAUCUACAGCAACCGCUGCGAACUGCCUGGACCAGUGA